CCUGGAGGGAGGAGCGCGCCCUGGCGGCCCCGUGACCCCGCCCACGUGACGGGCGCCCGCGGAAGGAGACAUGGGCUCCGCUCCCUGGGCCCCGGUCCUGCUGCUGGCGCUCGGGCUGCGCGGCCUCCAGGCGGGGACCCGCAGGGCCCCGGACCCCGGCUUCCAGGAGCGCUUCUUCCAGCAGCGUCUGGACCACUUCAACUUCGAGCGCUUCGGCAACAAGACCUUCCCCCAGCGCUUCCUGGUGUCGGACAGGUUCUGGAUCCGGGGCGAGGGGCCCAUCUUCUUCUACACUGGGAACGAGGGCGACGUGUGGGCCUUCGCCAACAACUCGGGCUUCGUCGCGGAGCUGGCGGCCGAGCAGGGGGCUCUACUGGUCUUCGCGGAGCACCGCUACUACGGGAAGUCGCUGCCGUUCGGUGCGCAGUCCACGCGGCGCGGGCACACGGAGCUGCUGACGGUGGAGCAGGCCCUGGCCGACUUCGCAGAGCUGCUCCGCGCGCUACGGCGCGACCUCGGGGCCCAGGAUGCCCCCGCCAUCGCCUUCGGUGGAAGUUAUGGGGGGAUGCUCAGCGCCUACCUGAGGAUGAAGUAUCCCCACCUGGUGGCGGGGGCGCUGGCGGCCAGCGCGCCCGUUCUAGCUGUGGCAGGCCUCGGCGACUCCAACCAGUUCUUCCGGGACGUCACGGCGGACUUUGAGGGCCAGAGUCCCAAAUGCACCCAGGGUGUGCGGGAAGCGUUCCGACAGAUCAAGGACUUGUUCCUACGGGGAGCCUACGACACGGUCCGCUGGGAGUUCGGCACCUGCCAGCCGCUGUCAGACGAGAAGGACCUGACCCAGCUCUUCAUGUUCGCUCGGAAUGCCUUCACCGUGUUGGCCAUGAUGGACUAUCCUUACCCCACUGACUUUCUGGGUCCCCUCCCCGCCAACCCGGUCAAGGUGGGCUGUGACCGGCUGCUGAGUGAGGCCCAGAGGAUCACGGGGCUGCGAGCGCUGGCAGGGCUGGUCUACAACGCCUCGGGCUCCGAGCACUGCUACGACAUCUACCGGCUCUACCACAGCUGUGCUGACCCCACUGGCUGCGGCACCGGCCCCGACGCCAGGGCCUGGGACUACCAGGCCUGCACCGAGAUCAACCUGACCUUCGCCAGCAACAAUGUGACCGAUAUGUUCCCUGACCUGCCCUUCACUGAUGAGCUCCGCCAGCAGUACUGCCUGGACACCUGGGGCGUGUGGCCCCGGCCCGACUGGCUGCUGACCAGCUUCUGGGGGGGCGAUCUCAGAGCUGCCAGCAACAUCAUCUUCUCCAAUGGGAACCUGGACCCCUGGGCAGGGGGCGGGUUGCCUCAUUUCUCACUUGAUGGAGUUCUUUCCGCUGACCACAGAUUCGGAAGAACCUGAGUGCCUCAGUCAUUGCCGUCACCAUCCAGGGGGGAGCGCACCACCUCGACCUCAGGUGUGGAGGGAGGUGGCCUGGCGGUGGUCGCGGGUCGGGUGGGACAGGCUCACCGAGGGCUGGGGCUGACGGGCCCCUCUGUGCCCGCUCUCCAGAGCCUCCCACCCGGAAGAUCCUGUUUCCGUGGUUGAGACACGGAAGCUGGAGGCCACUAUCAUCGGCGAGUGGGUAAAGGCAGCCAGGCGUGAGCAGCAGCCAGCUCUGCACGUGGGACCCAGACUCAGCCUCUGAGCACAGGACUGGAGGGGUCUCAAGGCUCCUCAGGGAGUGAGGAGCAGGCUGGCCGCAGCCCUGUCCUGUGUCUGCACCUUCCAGGUCCCUGAAACUCAACCCACUGUGGCCGGCCUAGCGUGGGGGCUUCACUCAAGAAGCAGCUGGCGGCAGAGGGAAGGGGCUGAAUAAACGCCUGGAGGCCUGGC